AUGUUAGGACAGAUCGCCAACUAUUGUCCAAUUAUCUCUCGAAAUACUCUGGUGAAAAACUCUACAUCCCCUGAGUUCAUCUGGCAAACCAUCAGACAGCACUUUGGUUUCCAAGUCACCGGGGUUCAGUUCAUUGACUUUUCCGCAAUACACCUAGCUGCUGAUGAGCGCCCCGAAGAUCUGUACCAGCGCCUCACAGCAUUCGUAGAAGAUUCAUUGCUACGUGCCAACGGCUUAACCCACAAUGGCCAAGCAGUGCAGGAGGAUGAGGAAUUAACCCCUACACUCGAAAACUUUUUGGUCCUCACUUGGUUACGCCUCAUUCACCCCAGUCUCCCACGACUGGUUAAGCAGCGUUAUGGUACAGAGUUGAGAUCCCGUACUCUUGCCUCGAUCAAACCUGAGAUCUCGCAGGCCCUCAAUUCCUUACUUGAGGAAAUCCACACGUCGGAUGAUGCCAGAAUCCUACGUGCUGCUGUUGCAGACGAUUUUCGUCGCCCUCGUCAGAGUAACAGGGGUGUUCCUAGAGCCCGCCCCAGACAACCCCGCCAAGACAAGGUCUGUCCUCUAUGUAAACAGGCUGGCCGUUCUAUGACAAACCACUUCCUCAGUCAGUGUACCUUCCUCCCCGACAGUGACAGGCGUUUCAUGGUGAAAGCACGACAGAUCGCCGGCAUCCUUGACAAUGACCAAGAAAUUGAGACCAGUCCUGAUUCUGAUUCUCCAGACCCUGACACAACAUUGCCAGGCCCGGACAUGGUGGCCUACCGUGUGCAGACCCGCCAGUCCCCUUACAUGGACGUCUUUCAUGAUCAUCGAGUCGUGCGCGUCACCCUCGACAGCGGUGCAACUGGAAAUAUGAUACGCCGUUCAACCGCGAAACACCUCGGCUGUCCGAUAAUCUCAAGUGCCCAGUCCGUCCAACAGGCUGAUGGCUCGUCUCAGCUCCAGGUGAUAGGAGAAAUUCGUACCACCUUCACCCGGGACCACACAAACUUCGCGUUUGAAGGUCUCGUAGUUGAGAAUCUUGAUGUUGAGGUACUUGCCGGUACCCCCCUUUAUGGAGACGAAUGACAUCGCUGUCCGACCCGCUAAGAGAGAGGUACUACUAGGCAAUGGCUCAGUCUACACGUAUGGGUCCAAAUCCCCACCUAACCCUCAUGCAACCGCACGUAGAGCAUUUGUCCCACGUGCCCCCGCCCAUCCCAGACAGUGUGGCCUGGAGAGUUCAUGGAAGUACGUCUACCAGGCGAUGCACCUUCUGACUCGGAGUGCGCACUAGAGCCUCGCAUCGACGCACCCAGUGCACACAAUCUGAAGCCAUCCCAGUUGUGGCCACAACCUGGUGUUGUUUCCAGCGUUGCCCGAGCCAUACAGUUCCUAACCUAUCAAGCGUACCCCGCACUCUCAAAGCGCCACGAACACUUCUGCCAAGUCAUCCCUGUUUUUGAGCCCCCAAGUCCCAUCAUCACCCCCACCUACUGCUCAGCGCCCGUUGCCGCCCUCCAGUACACGUUACUCUGCGUCCGUUCAGGUUGAUCCAGACAACACCCUUCCCCAAACCGUUCGUGCAGACUUCCAAUCACUACUUACAGAGUACGACACUGUAUUUGACCCGCAAUUCCCGGAUACAAUGGAGCCGCUGGCGCGCAUACAAGGCCAAAGUCAACAUGGGUCCUGUCGAACCUCCUCAGCGGAAGGGUCGCCUCCCCAAAUCAUGCGGGAUAAGCUCAUCGAGCUCCAGGAAAAGUUUGACGACCUAGAGAUUCUUGGCGUCUUCCGCCGCCCAAGAUGUGGGUAUCACCAUUGAAUACCUCAAUCCAUCUUUCCUUGUAAAGAAGCCUAAUGGUGGUUCCCGUCUCGUCACCGCCUUUUCUGAUGUGGGCAGAUACAGCAAACCACAACCAUCCUUGCUACCCGAUGUUGACUCCACAUUACGGCUCAUCGCCCAAUGGUCACACAUAAUUGUCACUGACCUUACAAGUGCUUUCUACCAGAUCCCUUUAGCCAAAGAGUCCAUGAAGUACUGCGGUGUCGCCACCCCCUUUAAAGGCGUCCGGGUGUAUGCCCGCUCCGCUAUGGGAAUGCCUGGCUCAGAGACUGCUCUAGAGGAGGUUAUGUGCCGUGUUCUAGGCCCCUUACUUCAAGAUGGAGUCGUGGCCAAGAUCGCCGAUGAUUUAUACUGCGGGGGCAACACCCCUCUAGAGUUACUACACAACUGGAAGAGGGUCCUGCAAGCUCUUCACAAAUGCAACCUGCGUUUGUCAGCCCACAAGACCAUAAUCAACCCCAAGUCAACCACUAUCCUUGGUUGGAUUUGGUCCGCCGGUACCCUGUCUGCCAGUGCCCACCGCCUCAACACCCUUGCCACGUACCCUGUGCCAAACACUGUUGGUCGUUUGAGAUCGUUCAUUGGUGCGUACAAAGUCCUGUCUCGUGUUAUCCCACGGUGCUCUAGUUAUCUAACCCCGCUGGAUGCCAUCACGGCUGGACGUACUUCACAAGAAUCCAUCACCUGGUCUGAUAGUCUCAGGGCUGCAUUCCAGAACGCUCAGAAGGCCCUAUCCUCAGCCCUCUCUAUCACCUUACCUAGACCUGAGGACCAACUAUGGGUCGUCACCGAUGGCGCAGUCAAGGACCCAGGAAUAGGCGCCACCCUCUAUGUGACGCCGCAACAACAAGCUACACAUCGCCGGUUUUUUCAGCGCUAAGCUGCGGGGCACUCAGACAACGUGGUUUCCGUGCGCGUAGAAGCCCUCUCCAUCGCUGCGGCUACAAAGCACUUCAGUCCAUACCUCAUCCAGUCAUCCAAUAAAGCCUGUAUCCUAACGGACAGUAAGCCAUGCGUCCCAGGCUUAUGAGAAGCUAUGCCGCUGGCGAGUUCUCCGCAAGUCCUCGCGUAUCUACUUUCCUGUCAGUUGUCAGCCGCUACCAGGCCUCAGUGCGACACGUCUCCGGCGCCUCUAUCCUCCAGUCAGACUUCGCGAGUCGAAAUGCUGCUCCUUGUGAGAAUGAAACCUGUCAGAUUUGCCUGUUUAUCGCCUCAACCAGAGAUUCUGUUGUCCGAGCCGCGACUGUCCAGGACAUCCUCCAAGGCAAUGCCCGCCUCCCUUUCACCAGCCGUCCGGCGUGGUUGGCCAUACAGUCUGAAUGCCCAGACCUACGCUGUCCGCACGCACGCACACCUUGUCCAAGGCACAAGACCUUCCAAGAAGCUCACAAACAUAAAGGACGUCAAACGCUAUCUGCAGGUCGCCUCAAUCGCAAGUGA